GCUUAAUCCUCUCCUCCUUCAGUCUUCAGAUAGCCUCUUUUCCCCUUUUCUCUCGUCUAGCAUCAACAAGCUUGUACGAUUGCUGUAGUAGCUUCUGUACCUAACGACGUCGUUCUUAUCAUCCUCACCUUUGCUAUCUGAUUCUAGUUAUUAUUAUUUUACAUGGCGUCGAUAGCACCGCCAACUUUUCCUUCCCCGUCGACUAGAACCGAUCCGAACCCGCACAAGCUCAAUUUCUCAAACUCUGUAUUCUCGUCGUCAUCUCGACUAAAGCGCGCCUCCUCCAACUUUAACUCGCACCAUCAUUCUCUCUCUAGGGUUUCACGUUCUGAUUCUGUGCUCUGCCGCUGCAACAAAAGUGGCAUUCCGGAUAAUCCGUCCGAGGGUGAUGACUCGUUGGUUCGGGGAUGGGACUCGGCGAUUCAGGACGUGUUUCGGAAAACGAUGAAGAGGUUCGAUGAUUAUGUGAAUUCAUUCUGGAAUCAGGAUGUGAGAGUUGGUAGUGGGGUGAAAGGAGGUAUAGAUUAUGGUGGAGUCGAGCUUGAAGACUGGGAUUGGGAGCGGUGGAGAAAGCAUUUCAGUGAUGUUGAUGAGCAAGAGCGGAUUGUUUCCGUUCUCAAGUCUCAGCUAGCUAGUGCUAUCAAUAGAGAGGAUUACGAGGAUGCUGCCAGGCUUAAGGUGGCAAUUGCAGCUGCAGCUACAAGUGAUACAAUUGCCAAAGCGAUGUCACACCUGAAUAGAGCUGUGCAGGAAGAGCGCUAUGGAGAUGCAGCUCUUCUACGUGAUUAUGCUGGUGCUGGAUUGGUGGGGUGGUGGGCUGGUAUUUCAGAAGAUACUCAUGAUCCUUAUGGUUGUAUUAUUCACAUAAGUGCAGAGCAUGGGCGAUAUGUUGCUAGAAGUUAUAGUCCACGGCAGCUUGCUACAGCCAAGGAUGGCGCCCCAUUAUUUGAGAUUUUCUUUACCAUGAAUAAGAAGGGUGAAUACAAACAGCAGGCUGUUUACUUGAAACGGAGGAAAGCUCCGUUGGAUUUUCCUAUUCCUCCUUUCAAAACAUCAACUGGUACCAGUAACUUUGAUUCUCUCGGUUCAACUGAGGACAGAAGUGGCCUGUUGGAAGAAAAUGCUGAGGAUUCAACGGAUAGUGAUGAGAGGGAUGAUGACUCUAGUCUUGAGAAUACCCUGCGAGACCUGAUCCCUGGUGUGAAGGUCAAAGUUCUGAAAGUAACUGCACCAGGGAAGGUUGACAGGGAUCUUAUAUCUAAGGUCGUUGAACAAAUAAUUGAGGAAGAAGAUGAAGAACAGGACAUUGAGCUAGAAAGUACUGAUGCUGAUGAUGAAGUUAAAGAUGAAAAUGAUGAUGAGGACAAUAUUGUAUUGAAUGCUGAUAAUGGAAUUCCUUAUGGCGAAGAGCAGAGUCAAAUUGCAGUUAAGGUAGUUGUUGGAAGCUUGGUGUCAAAAUUUUCCCCUGGUUCCCAACCAAAGGACCUGCUUCGGGUCCCAGCAAGGCUAGAGAAACGGGGCCGCUUGUCAUUUACCUUUACUGUAGAGGAGGAAGAUGACAACAAACGCAUAGCUGGUGGUGACGGAAAUACUUCACCUAACAAAAAGGCUAAGCUUCAAGGUCUGCGCAGCGUGGACCAUGUGAUGCUUGAUCUUGCAAAGUUCAUUGGCAAGGGGCGGAUACCUAUGAAGGUGCUAAAGGAUGUUGGUGAAUUGAUAAAUCUCACACUUAAUCAGGCUCGAAAUCAUCAACCACUGUCUGGAUCAACAACAUUUAGUCGCAUUGAUAUCCCUGGAAAUCAGGAUCCAUUGAAUGGACUAUAUAUAGGUGCCCAUGGGCUCUAUACUUCGGAGGUUAUCCAUUUGAGGCGCAAAUUUGGUCAGUGGAAAGAAGAUGGCCGAAAGGAGGAGCCUCCCAAUGUUGGGUUCUAUGAAUAUGUCGAGGCAGUAAAACUGACGGGGGAUCCUUAUGUGCCAGCUGGCCAGAUAGCCUUCCGUGCCAAAGUUGGAAACAGAUAUCAGCUCCCUCACAAAGGGAUAAUUCCAGAAGAAUUUGGGGUGGUUGCUCGUUAUAGGGGACAAGGCAGGCUGGCUGAGCCUGGGUUUCGCAACCCUCGAUGGGUUGAUGGUGAACUUGUCAUUUUGGAUGGAAAGUACAUUAAAGGGGGGCCUGUGGUUGGGUUCGUGUAUUGGGCCCCUGAAUUCCAUUUUUUGGUGUUUUUCAAUCGGCUGAGGCUGCACCGGUGAAGUCUGCUUGUACAUAGAUUUGACGCUGUUCAUGCUUUUGCAGUCUUAUUACUAGUCUGAUGGUUUAGAUGAUCUUUACUGUUAUGAAGUCCUUCGAGUAUCACUGCAGAAAGAAAGCUGGAUGGUUUCAACUAAUUGGCAAGACUUGGAUGAAUACAUCUGACGCUUAUGAGACAGAGAAAUAUCAUGAAACUAACUACCGAACUUUUAACUAGAGGUUCGAGGAGUCCCCAAAUUUUCUGGUGCGGCAAUUUCUUAGGGCGUUGCCGCUCUGGUUUUCGGUUAGCUUCCAUGCCGGAAAUGUACAUAGGAUGUGAAUAUCUAUUUGAAAAUGGAAUUUGGCUGGAGUUUUAGUAAAUAGGAAUGUGCAAUUUUAAUGUUUAUCCCUCAUCUUUAUGACAUUCAAGUGCUAAAAAAAUGUAUGCUGUUGCAAUCUACCAUCUUUCAGGUUAAACUAACUUGACAUUCUCACCUUUUUGUUCAUUUGGUCUUGGGUUCUGUAAUGCAAAACACGAUCUCGUGUGGUUCGAGAGAUUUC